GCCAAAUCCUCUGAUCUUCUGUUAUCCAUCUGUGAAACCGUAAUUUACGUACAAGGCCAGACGACAAUACAGCACAGCAUCAUGAGCAAGGUCAAAGCACCAAAGACGAAGGGCAUACCAAACAAGCAUCUGCACGCCCGCUCGACUUUUCUCUACCAAGCAGCCACCUAUCUGACGCUGCAAGCGGCUACUCAAGAGCACGUCGCAGCUGAGGUCGCACGAGACAAAGAGGAUGACUCGAUCGAGACUCAGCUACAUUCACCGCUCGCACUCGAGCUCGGAUCCGAUCUCCAACAGGUAUCACGGAAAGGCCAGCUACGGCUCGCUGUCGACUUGAAGCGCUCUAUGUGCAAAAGCUGCAAUACAGUUCUCAUUCCUGGACGCACUCUUACUCAGAGUAUUGAAAACCCCAGCAAAGGUGGCAAGAAGCCUUGGGCAGAUGUGCUCGUCGUUGUUUGUCUCAUCUGUGGCGGCAAGAAGAGGUUUCCCGUAGGUACAACGAAACAACUCAAGAAGGCUAAGAGGAGGACUACCCAUACAGCCAUGUUGUCAAAAACUGCUUCAGAAGAUGGCCAAUGCUCCGAGACUACCCUUGCCACGGGUACGGAGUGAUUCAAGGUCAUUUUAUGAUUGACUUCACUCAUUCGCUACACGCAACGCUUGAAUCACUCAAUCGAGAAACCUACGAGGGCUUCGAGAACUAUGCCAGAAUCGUUUCACCAGAGAAGAAUACAUAGGCUACUAUGGUCUAAACCUUAGAAAUCGCAG